UCAUCCCGUCCAAACUACCCUCCCUAGCUAGUAUCAUCUAUCCAUCAUCAUUUAUAUAUCUAGCUACUAGGCUCGUUGACCGUAGUUGACCAUGAUUGUACCCAAGCACCUCUCUUUGAUGAUGAUGCUGGUGUUGCUGGGCAGGGGAGUCUAUCCUGUCCGUGGGGCUGGCACUACUAGUAGUACCGAAGGCCAGACAACAACCCAACGUAAUAAUGAGCCCGGUCUUGUUUCGAUGCGUCGCAGCAUAGACACAUCGAUUGUGUCUUCGGAUGGAUGUACCUUUGAUGGCACCGUAGUGUUUGGUGGUCCAUCGUCGUUGGAGCAAGAUGACAAGUACUACUUCAUGGCACAUCGUCAAUUGUUGGCCUAUCAGCUGAUGAUUGACACGAUCAAUCGGGAACGGUGUGGUAUCCGCGUGGGCGGCAAGCACUACAAGAUCGACUUGCAAACAUACGAUGACCAGUCCGACGCCGACAUUACGACUGCCAUUGGCCACAAGUUGGUGCAAGCGCCAUACUCCAACAACAAUUCCUCCAGCAGCAACUCGGCAGAGGCAAUCGAUCUCAUAGUGUCGGGAUUCUCCUCCUUUCUUACCAAGGCACUGGCCAAUGUCGUGGCAGAACACAAUAUCAAUGCCACAACAACAGCUUCACAGGCCAGCAACAGCAACAACCCGCGUCUCAUGCUGGCAGGAGGUUCCUCCUUGACAUCCAUCUUCCAAAACCGAUCCAACAUUUUUACGACAACCCCUCCCUCGGCCAACUUUUUGAGGCCCGCCAUGCAAGGAUUGAGCCUGGAAACAACCGCCAAGACCGUGGCAACCCUUUGGGAGAAUGUUGGUUUUCCCAUUAGUGCUUGCAAGGCAGUGCCAGAAUUGGCACACGAGUUUUCCAUGGAGCUGAUUUCGGAAACACAGGUGGAAGCGGAUCCCAACGUGACUCUCCUGACACCGCUCGCUGCUAAACUCAAAGAACUCAAUCCAGAUGUCGUCAUUGGGUGCAUGUACGAAUGUGAACGCUGGAUGGCAGCCCUGCGGGCCGUGCAUUGGUCCCCCAAAGCGCAAGUCUUUACCAUUUGCGUCGGUAGUGACAAGUUUGUGGAGGCCGUGGGGACCGAUGCCGCGUAUGUCAUGGGUGUGGCGCCGUGGCACGAAAGCGUCCGCGCCACGGAUGCGCUCACGGGGUGGACGUCGCAAGAAUUCACUCAACACUACUCCACACUGUCCUCCGAGUCCACCGUCGUCUACCAAGCCACCACGGCCGCCGCCAUGAUUUCCAUUGCCGUACAAACCAUGGAAGCCAUCCAAUCGUAUAGUGACGCUCCGCUGUUGGCCGAUUACAUGUCGCGGCAUACCUUUCCCACCAUGUUUGGGGACAUUUCCUUUGAUGAAAAUGGCCAAAAUGCAGCGCCCAUGUUGCUGCUGCAAUACGAUUCCAUUGGAGCGGUUCAGACCGCAUUCCCCGUGGAGCGAUCCAGUGGACAGAUCUUGUAUCCCAUGCCCACGUGGGAUGGCCGGGACUGCGUUCAAACGUCCAGUUGCGUACAAGUCUAUGGGUACACCUGUUCUGUGGAGGGAUACUGUAUCUGCCCCGAGGGAAAAGUGUCGACCGGGGUGGGGAUCGCCGCCACGUGCGUGGUCGCAGCAUCGCGAAGCAGUAGUGCCGCCUGGUCUUCUCCGGGAGCCAUUUUUGGGAUUGUCGCAGCGCUAUUUGCCGUGUUGGGUAUCAUGGCUUGGUUCUUUGUCGAAAGCAAGCAAAAAAAGGCAGACAGUGUAUGGAGAGUCUCCAAAAGUGAGCUCCAAUUUGCCGAACCACCCAAAGUGGUGGGUCGUGGGAGCUUUGGCGUCGUGUUGCUGGGCUCUUAUCGAGGUACAGAUGUGGCCGUCAAACGUGUCAUCCCCCCGCGAGAGUCGAAUGACAACAACAAUGACUGCAAUGGUAAGGAUAAGGAAUGGGAACAUGAAAGCGAAUUUUUGGAGGAACCAAAGGGCAAUGACAGGGCGGGCUCAACGUCGUGGGGUGUCUUGUCUCUUGGUCUCAAAACGAACGACACAGGGAUGUUUGCGGGCGGUCUCGAUGAUAUCGAGUCAUCGGAUGGGCCGGGCUCUGACAACAGGAGGGAGAGCGGGAGGGGAAGCGUGAAAUCAGUACGGCGGAAACUUCAAAGAGACUUCGUGGUUGAAAUGAGAUAUCUAUCGAAACUCAGACAUCCCUGCAUCACAACUGUCAUGGGUGCUGUGCUUUGCCCUGGUGAAGAGCCCCUCCUCAUCAUGGAAUACAUGGAUCACGGCAGUCUACACGACAUUCUGCACAAUAAUACAAUGAUACUCGACGGCGAAAUUCUCCUCCCGAUCUUGCGUGACAUCUCUAGCGGCAUGCGCUUCCUCCAUGCUACAAACCUCUUGCAUAAAGAUUUAAAACCCGCGAACGUUUUGAUUGCACGCAACUUCCACGCCAAGCUCGCGGACUUUGGUCUUUCCAAGGGAAAGCUCGCAGUGGGCUCGCCUUACUUCAUGGCACCUGAGUUGCUUCGAGGUGACUCUGUGAAUACGAGUGCAUCCGAUGUUUAUGCUUUUGGUAUCACCCUUUACGAAGUCUUCUCGAGGAAAGAUCCAUACGAGGGAGAAAACCCCAAGGAAGUCCUCAAGCUAGUUGCUGACCCCUCUGUUGGUAAACGGCCUCCCGUUCCAAUGGAUUGUCCUGCUCAGAUCGUGGGUCUCAUGAGUGAUUGCCUAGUAGAGGACCCCCAGGAACGGCCGUCGUUUGAAGAAGUCGAUAUGCGUCUGAAGCGCAUGGAUAUUGCCAAGGUCGAAACUAGAAGAAAGUCCAAGCGUCGAUCAGUUACCGGUACGAUCUCGCUGUUUGACAUCUUCCCUGAGCACAUCGCACUGGCGUUGAAGGAUGGGAAGAAGGUCGACUCAGAGCACAAGGACUGUGUGACGAUUUUCUUCAGCGAUAUUGUUGGCUUCACCACUCUCUCGUCCCAAAUGGAACCAAGGAAAGUCGCAAAUCUCCUGGAUAGGCUAUACACGAAGUUCGACCAGCUGUCGCACUACGAGGACAUCUUCAAGGUCGAGACCAUUGGGGAUGCAUACAUGGCUGUCACCAAUCUGGUCAAGGAUCAGGAUGAUCACGCCGCCCGCAUUGCACGGUUCUCUGCUGCAGCAAUCGCAGCUGCAAAUGACACUUUGAUCGACACAGAAAACCCUGCCUUGGGUUGUGUGAACAUAAGAGUUGGUCUUCACUCGGGGCCGGUUGUGGCUGACGUAGUUGGAACCAGAAACCCUCGUUAUUGCUUGUUUGGAGACACCGUCAAUACUGCAUCCCGCAUGGAGAGCACAUCCGAGGCAAACAGUAUUCACUGCUCGAAGGCAUCCGCGGAUCUUCUAGUGACACAAGACAAGUCUAUUGAAGUCCGAUCCAGAGGCUUGACUGAAAUCAAAGGCAAGGGUGAAAUGGAGAGCUUCUGGGUCAUUCCAAACGGAACGAACAGUACAGCACAUGCUGUGGCUGCCGCAAAGGGUGGUGACAAGCAGGAGUUGGCAGAGGAGGGGCUGAUACCAGAGGAGGAGCUGAUACCAGAGCAGCGCCCAUUCUGUGAAAGAGUCGGCGAAACGUUUCAGAAUGAGUAAGGACGAGUAGGGCAAGGCAGGGACAUAGUUUCUCAUCACAACGGUCUCUGGGGGUAUUCUUCCGCCUUCUGAUCGAUUAAAUUGAAGAUGCUCGGGGAGCUGUUGGGGGCGACAGCUAUGAUUAUGUAGCUGGCAUGUAGCAGGACGUACCGGUAGCAGUGUUAACUUCAUUCACAGGAAUACGACUACGAUUACCCAAUUCGUGCAUAGAUGCAAGCAGAAGAGCGCAGAGUUUUAUUUAAAAAUAGUUUGGCUAGCAUGGUUAUCAUG